AUGUCUCUCCUUUCCCCUUCAAAGAAAGCCUUUGGUCGAACGCACGAAGUUAAACGCAAGAGGACAUGUCCGAUACAAGUGAGUCAUUUGGACCAUUUGGUGCUGACUGUGAAAAGCGUCCCCGACACCAUCAAUUUUUACACGUCAACUUUGGGAAUGGAGGUUGUCACGUUCAAGGGAAACCGUAAAGCUCUGGGCUUUGGAAAGCAGAAGUUUAACCUUCAUCAGCUCGGCAAGGAGUUCGAGCCUAAAGCUAAGCAUCCGACCUCAGGCUCUGCAGAUUUGUGUCUCAUCACCAAAACCCCUCUGACUACCGUAGCUGCACACCUGAAGGUGUGUGGAGUGCAGAUAGAGGAGGGCCCAGUGGAGAGGACUGGAGCAGUGGGGGCAAUAACCUCUCUGUACUUCCGAGAUCCAGAUGAAAACCUCAUUGAAGUGUCCAAUUAUCACCAAGAAGCACCACAGGAAUUUUAA